AUGGUAAAAUUAGAAGAUGGUAAAGAAAUAAAAUAUGUUGCUAAAUAUGUUGAUAAAGUUAUUAAUAGAAAACCAUAUAUUAAAAAAAAUUUGUUAGCUGUACUUGUAUCAAAUAAUACUGUUAAUAUAUUUCAGCUUGAUAAUCAAAGUUUGUUAAAAGUAUUUCGUAUUGAUGAAUUUCACAACAUAACAUUUGAAAGUGGGUGUGUAGAAAUGGAUUGUGAUACAAUUGAUGACGUUUUGGCAAUUCCUGUUCAAAAUAGUGUACGAUUCUUCAAUAUCAAGGAUUGGGAAGCAGAAAAUCGUUUUCAUAAUAAUGAGAUAAGUCAUCAUAUUAAUUUAAUAAGUUUUAAUAAAAGUCGAUUGGUGUUUAUUAUUGGUUAUCUUAAUGGUUAA